UCAGUUACAAAGUAGGGCUAACUGCAGCUGGUAUCACCCACUAUACUUGCAACUAAAUACGAUAGUUUUAUGAUAGACAAUGCAAUAUUACGUAAAUGGAUUGCUUUGUUAAUGCCUAACCACCUAGUUUUCUUUAGCUUCAUAACCGCUUUGUGUCAUCUUUUCGAACAUAAAUGGAGCUAUUUGAAGGCUACAUCUUCACCGCUCUUUGCAGCACCAACUUUUUGAUAUCAUGUCUCUUGUUUUCCAAAAUAACGAGGGAACAAAGGGAGCCAUACAUGGACGAAAUAUUUCAUAUACCCCAAGCUCAGAAAUACUGUGAAGGGAAGUUUUAUGAGUGGGACCCCAUGAUCACUACACUUCCUGGCCUGUACCUGGCUUCGGUGGGGUUGAUCCAACCGGUGGUUUGGCUGGCUGACCUAACUGGGAAGGUGGUGUGCUCCUCGGCGAUGCUGCGCUUUAUCAACACGCUCUUCAACUGCGGAAACCUUUACCUGCUCUAUCUCAUAGUCUGCAAACUCCACCUGAAAGACAAGUCCCACACAGCUUGGCAGCGAGUCCUAACGGCGCUGUCCCUCUCCAGCUUCCCGGUCCUCUACUUCUUCACCUUCCUGUAUUACACGGACGCAGGCUCCACCUUCUUCACGCUCUUCACCUACCUGAUGACGCUCUACAGCUCCCAUAAAGCGGCGGCCAUGCUGGGCGUGUGCGCCAUCCUGUUCCGCCAGACCAACCUGGUGUGGGUGGGCUUCUGUGCCGGCACCGUGGUUGCUCAGAAGAUGGACGAGGUCUGGGCGGCCGAACAGACAAAGAAGCGUGACCAGCGAUCGCCCACUGCGUGCCACGUGCCCCUCAGCAUCGCUGGCACCAAACGGCUGGCACGCUUCCUGUGGGAGUUCGCCUCGGCAACGACCAAUGUGAAGGCGGUUGUCGCAGUGACGUGGCCGUACCUUAUGGUGGCCGGCGGAUUUGCAGGCUUUGUGGUGUGGAAUCGUGGGAUUGUGGUCGGGGAUCGGAGCAGCCACGAGGCCUGUCUGAACUUCCCCCAGCUUUUCUACUUCCUGUCAUUCACACUGCUCUUUUCGCUGCCUCUGACUCUGUGCCACAAGAGGGCGCUCCGCUUCCUCCAGUCUCUGCGCAGGCAACCUUUGCUCUACUUUGCCCUGACUGCCCUCACCCUCCUCCUGGUCUGGAGGUUCACACAUGUACACAAGUACCUGCUUGCCGACAACCGGCACUUCCCCUUCUACAUGUGGCAGCGGGUCUACCAGCGGCACGAGCUGGUGCGCUACCUCUUGGUGCCCGGGUACGUCUUCGCGGCAUGGACCUUCCUAGACACUCUCCUCCGGGGCCGCUCGCUCUUCUGGGUACUGGCAUUCUGUGUGUGCCUGGUAGCCUCCACGGUUCCACAGAAGCUUCUGGAGUUCCGCUACUUCAUCAUGCCGUACCUGCUUUACCGGCUGCACCUGCCGCUGGCUCCGGUGCCUAGGCUGCUGCUGGAGGCUGGGCUGUACACGGUCGUUAACGGCGCCACGAUUUACGUCUUUCUCCACAGAAGCUUCCAGUGGCCAGAGAGCACGGACGUACAGAGGUUCAUGUGGUAGAGGUUAUUGAGGUCACUAAGAGAGAGGUCACGGCCCACUGGACAAAACACCACUGAGGACAGUAAGAACUCUCUGGGAUACUUACGGUCAUUAACAGGACAGGAUCCAAUGCAGAAAACAACACUGAUCUGAUGAAGUUUGUUUUUUAUGUGUGUGGGGUGCUUGGUGGAGAAAACGGAAAAUGGAAGCAUUACUUUUAGGAACAUCGUAUCAUUUCCACCAAGUCCUUGGUUGCGUUGACCAAAAGCAGGAAUGCCAGCCAUCAGGGUAGAAAUCACAAUUUAUAUUAAUAUCUAAGGGGGGGGGGGGGGGGGGG